AUGCCUGAAUACCGCCAACAAAACUUUGACGACGAGGUCGAGAUGGUCACCCAUGCCUACGGGAGCUUACCGCUAUCCCAUACGCCAAUUGACGAGGCGCUGAGAACAAAGCCCACUCCAGAUACAGUCCUUGCCAUGGUAAUAGACGCAUUGGUCAAGUCAAGGCCCAUCUCACAUGCGUUGGCGCAAUCGACAGUCGCCAGACUUGUGGAGGAAGACUAUCACAACAUUGACAAGCUUUCGGCAACUUCGUGGGAUGAACGAACUGAUCUCCUGAGACAAGCCGGGUAUAAUCGGUAUCGUGAACAGUGUGCUACAAACCUAGGAAAUUUAUCCCUUCUUGUUUUGGUUAAAUAUGAUGGUGAUCUCAACAACCUGCUCCAGGCCGCACAUGAGGAUCGCGAACAAGUCCGCGCUCGAAUCAAAGAGAUCAAAGGAAUAGGUGACCUAGGGGUGGAGUUGUUCCUUGACAAUGUCCAGAGUGUCUGGCCAUCCAUGGCUCCCUUUGUCGAUUCGAGGAGUGUUCCUACAGCGGAGGAAAUUGGACUCGGAAAUGACGUAGAGGCAAUCUACAACCAUCUACAAAAGGAUCCCGUGAAGAUGAGUAUGUUUGCUAAUGGACUGUCAGAGAUUCGACUGGAGCACAAGGAACAUGAGAUUGAGGAAAUGUGA